ACAGUACUAUGAACUAAAAAGUGAAAAUUGAAUGUGUUACUUAGGGAUUCUAAAUUAGCAAUGAAAUGAAAUUUGACAUCAUGGAUUUUUAUAAUAAGUCUUUACAUUAAGAACACUAUGCUCAUAAAUCAGAUUAUAUUAGACACAAUUUGGAAGAGAAAUAUGGUAUUUUAAAUAUAAAAAUAAAAGGACGUUGCUUUUCAAUAAUAAUGUAUUAGAUUGGUGCAUUUGUGUCACAUUCAUUUUUGCAUGCAGAUGAUUUCUUAUUGGAAUUAAGAUCACCUGAACAUCAUAUAUUAGCAUAUAUGUUACCACCAUCAUUUAGUCCUCCUCCUUUAAUACCGGAACCUAACGUGAUACCAUUUGGUAGAACAACUACUCAACAACAAUAUGUAUCCAAAUAUUAGUAAUUUUAUUGUUUUUAUUAAUAGUCAACCAUACAAUAGUGGGUAUUACAGAUAUUGA